CCCGCCCGUCUUGUUCCAUCAGUGCACGAUUCACAUAAAAAAAAAAAUACCCGCAAAGAGCAAGAGUUGUUGCUAAGAUGGCGGCGCGGUGGGGAGCAGGCGAGGCGAUGUUAACUGCCUGCAACAUGGAUUUUUUCUCUACAAAUACACUGGACGAGGCGGUGAUCCUCCAUGGGGGCCUGUCUAGUGACAGUCUGGAGCUGGGGACAGGAGACGCUUUGGAGGCCCUGUCCUGUCUGGACCCCUCCAUACUGUCCAUAUUUGAGGACACAACCACAGAGAAUAAAGUUGGACUUGAUGAGGAUAACGAGGCGACGCUGCUCACAGCUUUGACUGAGAUCCUGGAUAACGUGGACAACGAGAACCUGUCCCCCUUCGACACGCUGCCAGACUCUGAUUUACUGACUGGCCAGAAAGGCCGAGAACACUCGCCGCUGAGGAGACUGCUUUGCUUGUCCCACUCGUCUCCAGAGAGCGAGACACCUUGCAACACGCGACAGUUCUCCACUGGGAAGAAUCUCCCCAGGACACAGGAGUCUGUCCAGAGGAGUGACGGAGAGGAGGAAGAGGACGCAGAGGCUUGUUCUCCCUCCCUGAGCCCAGACAGACAACCCUCGUCACCAGAGCAAGAGCUCCUGACCUGGGGUGGCCUGUCCCUGCCUCUGGAGCAGCACAUGGAUGGAGAGAGCAUGUCAGUGAGUCUAGGAGAGCUGGUCAGACAAAUGCACCCCUAUUGCAUGGCAGUGUGCGUAGAGGAUGAAGGGGAAGAACGGCUGCUGGCGGAGGAAGGGAUACUGCUGGAAGUGGUCGAACAUGGAGAGCAUGGCGAGACUAUAUUUGCCAUCCCAGAUAUGGGCAUCCCUUAUGCUAAUCUCUCCCUCUCCUUGCCGGGAGUAGAAGACUCAUUCAAAGCGGAGCAGAGGGUUCCAGAUGAAAUUUCUGAAGCGGGUAUGUUGGAGACGCCAGAGUCUGAGUUGGCGAAUGAUGUCGUAGUUGACGAUGACGCAGCAAAGGUGGCUGGCCCUUCUGACCCUGCCGAGACCCUGAGGGCAAAAGCAAGUGGUGAGAAUGUUAUCUACAGGAGACCAAAGGAGGAGACUGUAGAAAGAUGUCUGUCUCGAAGGAAAAAGAAACUGAAAAACAAAGUGAAGCGUUCACCUGCUGAGGUCACCCCUGAGCCUGCCCAGGCAGAGGGGAGGAUCCUGAGGAGCGCGUCCCAUAGGGGCGCCGCCCAGGAAUCCUCGCCCCAGAAGCCCAUCAAAGAGACGACCAGACCAGGGAAAAAGGACAAAGAGAUGUUUUCUUCUGCCAUAUCUAUGGCCGCCCCCGAAGCCCCAAAACAGAAGACGAGAGCAACACAUGCUGGCGAAACACAACACGUACAGCGACAGAGCCAUGUGGAAGUCACAACCUUAACACUAUCCACACACCGCAGCGUUAAGGUCAUCCCCGCCUCAGACCAUGUGUUGAAGGUCAUGGCCUCUGACCUGUUGCCAGUGACUAUGACCCCAAAGAAACUCCCCCAAACAACCACAGGCUGUGAGAAGCCUCAAAGCCUUCUAGCUUCUGCAGCUAACCCAACAGCCCCCCAGGCAAUGACAAUCAACCCUGCAGCACCCCAGGCGCUUAACCCAAGUGAACGACCUGUGUCAGUUGCCCCCCAGGCAAUAAUGCAGUCCAACAGUGCCUCUCUAGCGGCCCCCCAGGUUAUCCCCAAGCCCAUUAAGGCCUCCCAGGCUAUUGAGCCCAAGCCUAAGCCCCUGUCCCUCCAGCAGUACCGGCUGCUGCGGCAGCAGAAGAAACCGGCCCCCUUAGAGAGACCAGAGGACCAGAGCACCAAGUGGCCCAGCCUCCCUGAUGCCCCUACCGAGUUGCCCCCUAUCCCCUGCCUCCCCAUCCCCUCUUCCAGAGACCCCCGUCGUCCCCACCCCUCCCCAGGGUUUACUGGGGUAGAGGUGAAAGCGGCCUGGCAGCCCAUGGGACCAGGAGCACCUCCAACACCUGAAGCUCUGCUUGUGCCUCCUGCUUACAUGCUGGCCUCCAAAUCAUCUUCCCCAACCAAGGCUUCUAGUGCAAAUGCAUCCCCUAUAACCCCUCCCCAGCAAGCGACUGUUCCUACUCAACAGCCAGCUAAAGCUAGCCAAUCCCCCAUCUCCGUUGUGCCUUCAUCCAGUACUGUGAGUGUAGUACCCCCACCACCCCAGAACCCUUUUGUGAAGCGUAAUAUACCCCAGGCCCCCCAUCCUGGACUUACAAAUCCCCUGCUCCAGUCUCAGCUACCCUCCAAGACUGUGGUCCUUAUCAAAUCUCAGAGCUCCAGUGGAGCCUCUUCUAAAACCACUACAGCUGCCAACAGGCCCGCCCUAAUUGCUACUAUAGCCCAAAAACCCACCCCUGUCGCUGGUGCUCUACUGGAGAAAACGUUGAACUGCACCACCAACGCUGCUGCUGUUUCUGUUCAGAAACCUUCCCCUGCGGCUCCUUUGAAGGUGGCUACUACUCUCCUGAAGGGAGUAGUUACUCUGCCCCGGCCUAAGAUGCCUGAGCUGCCUACAGUCACUCCUGGGUCUAUCCCAGCCAAACCCUCCACUACCCAGUCCUCCAAACCUGCAGUGAGGUGUACUACAGCCCAGGAGGCCCCCAAAGCCAAGAGCCCUACUCAGGAGCUGAUAGAGGCAUUCACCAGUGAAAUUGGUAUUGAAGCUGCUGACCUCACCAGCCUGCUGGAGCAGUUUGAAGAGACUCAAGCUAAAGAGGAGCAGUAUGUUCUGGAGGUCUCUGGUAGAGCAGCAGCUGUAGGAAACUCUAGUGUGGAGCGGCCAUGUGACAGGACAGUUGUGGAGAGAGUCGGCGCACAUGACCUGGCAAGCACUGCAGGUCUGACCCCUCCAGCUACUCCUCCUCACCAGAUGUGGAAGCCCUUGGUCCCUGUGGCACUCCUUGGGAAGAACCGAGUGGCUGAGACUCUCAAACCAUCGCCCUCCAAGGCCAUCCAGAUCAACGCGAGGCCCCUGCCCGACAACAAGCUCCGAAGCAAGCCUCCCAGCCCCCCUAUAACUCCCACCAACACGGUGGCUCUCACCCUGGCUUUCUCAGACCACGACUACUGCCUCCCUCAGAAGGAACCUGUGGCUAUUGCUGAAGAGCCAGGCAAGCGCUGGAAUGUCAAACAGCAAGCAGCCACCACCAAGACCAUCGAGCCGCUUGGCAGCACCACUACCAGGGCACCCCAGAGGAUCCCUGUCCCCUCCCUCCAGACCCUCAUUCCUGCUCUGUGUACGAAGACCCAGCAGGCUCCCCUACCCCUGGAUGUAAGGACCGAUAGGACUAGCUCUGUGCUGGGUACCCCUGAAGCUUCUCCCACCAGGCAGGAGCAACAGGUUGGUCUCCUGGAGAUGAGUCCCAAGAAAGGGAGAUCCUACCGGGGCCACAACAUUACCUGCUCCCCUAGCCCCAGGGAAGAAAAGGGAGGACGCGAGAGGAAAAGGAGAAUCCACCAUUCCUCCAGCCGUUGUUCUACUGACUCGGAGUCUGACUUUCACUCCUCCUCCUCUCAGUCUAGAUCUUGCUCUCCACCCAGGAAGAGGUACAGGCCGCGUCACUCUAAGAGCAGCUCCAGUUCCUCGUCUUGCUCCUCUCGUUCCUCCUCUCGUUCCUCCUCUCGUUCCUCCUCUCGUUCCUCCUCUCCUUCCGUGUCCCGUUCUCCUCCCAGGCGGCGGUAUUCCUACUCCUCUUCCCGAUCUGGAUCCUGGAGUAGGUCCCGUUCCCGCUCUCCCCACAGACGGGCAUGGCGCAGAGGCAGUAGUCCACGCAGCCCCUCUCUCAGACCAGGCUACCGGCCUGAAUCUAGAGAAAACAGCCAGGAGGUGAAGAGACUCAAAGAAAAAGCUAUCGAGGAGCGUAGAAUUGUUUAUGUAGGGCGAAUCCGGGGGACAAUGACACUGAAAGAGCUGAGGGAACGCUUCUCUUUGUAUGGAGAGAUUGAGGAGUGCACUCUACACUUUAGAGACCAUGGGGAUAACUAUGGGUUUGUGACGUACUACGAUACGAAGGAUGCGUUCACGGCCAUCGAGAAUGGUGGCAAGCUCCGAAAGCCUGACGAACUCCCCUUUGACCUUUGCUUUGGGGGAAGGAGACAGUUCUGCAAGGCCAGCUACGCUGAUCUAGAUUCUAACCGCGAGUAUGACCCGUCGCCUGCAAAGGGCAAGUUUGAUGUACUUGACUUUGACACUUUACUGAAGCAGGCCCAGAAAGGUCUGAAGAGGUAACAGAGGUCAGCCCACUGGGGGCGCCAUGCUAAGACUUACCUCAGAGCCGCGGCAGGCUCCUCCCACCUUUAACUCUGCCUUCGCCUUGACCUAGGGGUGGAUCGCAACCAAUGGUCAAAACGUUAGCCAGCUGACAUCGAUAAACAUACAGAUGUAGCUCUUUUCUGGUUCAUAAAAGCUACAGUUUAAAGCUGCAAUCUGGAAAAUAACAUUAGAUUUUGGGUUAUAAGAGUAAGGCUUAUAGGGCAUUUAAGUUACGUUCAAGUCGAUGGAAUCGGUCAUUAAUUGAAUCAAAUACAUCAGAAUCUGUCAUUAAUUGAAAAUGGUUGGAUGGCAGGAAGUCUAGAUUUUUAUAUGGAUUGUUUUAAGUGUUAAAUCAUUUAUGCCAUGUUUGUUUCAAGCUUGUCUUUAUGAACUCUGAAAUGUUAUUUCUGAAUCAUUUGAAGUGACAGCUGGCUAACGUGUUGUCCUGCAUUGACAGAGCUACCGGUCUUUAUUUAGGUAGGUUUUCUUUGUGUGAUUUUGUUUCUGCAAGCUUACACCUUCUAUUGAAGUGAAGAUUUGUAUGAAAAGAUUAAAAGCAAAAAAAUAAAUGAAAUGGAAAACUUUUUAACCGGAAAGAAUUUAUUUAAAUGUGUAAUCAGAUUUUCCACAAUAUAUGGGGAGGGGGAAUAAGUUUUAGAAAUGGGGAUACUAAAGUGAAUAUUCCCUGAUAUUUGGGAGAAGGUGGAACGACAUUGCUGAAAUGUACCGCAAACCUAAAUAAACCAAACUUUUUAAACUGGUUGACAUUUUGAUUUUUGUCUAGAGCAUAUCACUGACUUAUCUGAGUCAAUAUUGGUUUUGAACAUGGCUCCAGUCUGUGUUGCUUUUCAUUCAUUCUUCACAGACCGAUUUCAGAGCUGGGAAACCAGAGGACUCUAUUGGUUUUGCUCACCUGUCUUCCCCUCAUUUUGUGAAACUAAUGUGCUUGUAUUUAAUGACUUCUCCACUUGCCUGUCAUCAGGAGAAUGAGUGUAAAGUGAUAAUACAUUUUACAGAUUAGGAUGAGAAGCAUAUUAUUUUGAAGUGCAUGUGUUUCUCAGAAAACGGCUGAUUUUAAAAGGGGGUGUGAAGAAACUGCCUCUGAGUUAGCCAGGAGGCUAAACCAGAAAAACCUUAGCGUCUACCAAAUAAAACUGGCGAAGCCACAAAA